AUGACCAACCACCUGGACGACCACAUUGUAAGGGUGUUCGCCAUCAUCAGGGACGUAGGCCCCGUGGAGCCGUGGAAGCCGGGGUGCACGGGCGCGCUGGAGGAGGUGCGGAAUUGCUCCGCCAGGGCCAGCUGCGUGGAUGCGGACUGCGAGUGGGGCGACUGGGGCGCCUGGGGCGCCUGCAGCGCCACGUGUGGUGGCGGGGCGAAGAGGCGAGACCGCGUGAUCCGGACGCAGCAGAGCGGCAAGGGCGCCGCCUGCAGCGCGAAGGUAAAGUCGGAGGUUGCGCCCUGCAGCACGCGGCCGUGCGAGGACUGCGUGGACGGGGACUGGGGAGGCUGGGACGAGUGGUCACCGUGCACAGCCACCUGCGGCCCGGCCUUCCGCGUGCGGCACCGGGAGGUGGCCAAGUACGCGAACGCGUGCGGCAAGCCCGCCAGCGGGGUGAUGGACCAGUUCGCGCUGUGCGUGGACCUGGGCCCGUGCUCCCCGCCGCAGGACUGCGAGGUCUCGGACUGGGGCGCGUGGUCCUCUUGCGGCAGCAAGUGCUACGGCGUCAGCGAGCGCAGCAGGUGCCGGUGCUCCCGCGGCCGCAUCGCGGCAACAUCUUCCGCGCGAAGGGUGCUGACGGAAGGAGAGAUGCCAAGCCGCAGCGGUCGCCCGCUCCGUCGCAUUGCCCUUGCCGUGGUGUCGCUCGCGCUGGUGGCGCUCUGGAGGCAGCCAGGUUCGGUUGCCAGCGUGGACGCCAAGGACGUCCUGCGCUACCCCGUCGGACUGCGUCACUCCGUGACCGCGGACAACGGGCAGUUCUCGGUGCACGGCAUCUCGCAGGGGGAGGACCAGUGGGCCCUGGCCCUCUCUGAGAAGGGCGGGCUGGCUGCACCUUCGCCCCUGGCGGUAGUGCAAAAGCUGAAGGGCGCCACCAGGUACGCCGUGUCCUACGACACGGACAAGUUCAGCUUCAAGCCCAGGCUCGCCGCGGGCGUGGAGGGGAUCCGGUUCUCAGCCACCGGCUCGGAGGGGGACAAGCUAGAGAGCGCCGACUGGGCGCUGCGGGUGCGCGGACAGAACGGCAACCACUUCUCCGCGACCACAGACAACGGCGAGCUGGUCUACGAGGGGUCCUACACCCACGAGGAACCCCUCGCCGAGGGCCUGAGCGCACUGUACGCGGUGGAUAUGAAGAGGCGAGCGGGAUCUGAGCUGCCAUGGGGCGGGCCGAACUGGAUCCGCCACGGUGUGGGCCUGCGGUACGCUUCGGAGCUCGGGGAGUUCAAGGCGAACGUGCACCAGCCCAGCCCUGACGGCCCGCACGACGGCCUGGAGUUCGAGGCCAUCUACAGCGGGGACCUCGCGGGGCCCCCAGGCUCCCCGUCGUACUCCCUGGUCGCCUCGCGCGCGAUGGGGGACAGCGUCGCGUACAAGGGCCGCGUGAGGCUGCAGGGUCCGGAGGGGCUCUCGGCCGGGCUUUCCGUGGGGCUCAAGGAUGGGAAGAGCAACGUCACCGGCUUCACCGACCUCUCCACCAGCCGGGCAGUGGCCGACGGCCUUGAGCUGAGCGCCUCCACCAGGGUGGUGGCGUCGCCGGGCGCGGUGGACCUGCGGCCCCUCGACUUCAGGGCCACCGCCGACCUCUCUGCCCUGGCGCCCGGGUACCUGGGCCAGGGCUCCGAGGUCUCCGCCAGCGCGCGCUACAAGCUCGGAGAAGAGAGGCCCCAGCUCAGCGCCAGCGCCACCCUCAAGCCCGAGCCGCUGGGUCCCCUGAAGCUCAGCGCGUCGGGCCGGGUCACGGACGGCGGGCUGACAGGCUCGGUCGCGGCCGCGGCGCGAGUGAUGGACGUGGACGCCACGUACACCGCCAGCAAGACGGGGAAGGGCACGCGCCACGUGGGGCAAGCCGUGUUCCCGGCAGAGGCGGCGACGGACAAGGGCGGGCAGCCGUUGCCGCAGGCGUAUGCGCGCUUCACGCAGAGCUCCGAGGACCACGACGGCAAGCCGCGCCUGCAGGUCGGCAUGAUGUACGAUUUCAACGCGCAUGGCACGAGGUUCACCGGACAGAGCAACCUAUACGACAACGGCGACCAGCUCGUGGACGAGGCGGGCAGGCCCUGGCCCAGCGUUAUGUACAACCAGGCGAAGAACACUGCGGACGUGCUCCGCAAGCGCAUCGGCGGGGACUCUGCCGAAGGCACGCAGUGGCUUCGGAAGAGCUUCUGA